GUCUCCGUGUCAGUUUUAAAUCCUGAAGGUCUCUGGUCGGCAUAAGGAUAAGUCCCGGUCAUGCAGGGUUUAUUCAGAUACUUCAUUUUAUUUGUUAUUUUCCCAUUUGAAUUUUUACUUGGUAAAAAUAAUGCUGAACAAGAUUAUUAUGACAUUCUUGGGAUAAGUAAAUCAGCUUCAAAUAGUGAAAUUAAGAAAGCUUUCCGUAAACUUGCGUUAAAGUAUCAUCCAGACAAAAAUAAAGAUGAAGAUGCACAGAAAAAGUUUGUAAAGAUUGCUGAAGCUUAUGAUGUGCUCUCUGAUGAUGAAAAACGUAAACAGUAUGAUAGUGUUGGACAUAGUUAUUAUACACAACAGCCUGGAGGUAGUGGUGCUCCAGAUUUCGAUUUUAACAGUUUCUUCCGAAACUUUGAUAUGUUUCGUCAGCACAGACAUACUGAUGAUCAUGGUUCGUUCUUUAAUUUCCGUGGAUUAUUUGAUGACGAUGAAGGUGAUGAUGAUGGCUUCUUUUCAUCAUUUGGCAGUAUGUUCCAUCCAUCAGAUGAAUCUCAUGGAUUUAAACAUCAAGGUCAACAAACCUGUCAUACUCAAACUAUACGAAGAGGGAAUACAAUUAUUACUCAAACACACUGUUCUUAAUUGCAUUCUAAAAGUGAUUUCAUUAAUAUUUUUUUGUAUGAUUGUAUGAAAAUAUCUCACUGUUGUUUGUCUUCUAGAUAAGCGUAAAAUUUUGUACAGCCUACAGUCGUUAUUGUAAUGCUUUAUAAUUUCAUUUUGUUCAUACAGAUAUCGUGGUACUUUUUUUGUAUCCAUACUAAAAAACUCUGUUCAUAUCACACACAUUUUUGUCCUUAGUUUGUUCUAACUAAAGACAUGCCUACUUCUUCAACUCUUUCGUUUUGUUAUGUUGAAAUUACCAUUGUCUUUCUUUGAUUUGUUCGUGUUUGUGAAGAAUCUUCACAGACAAUAAACACCCAUGAUAAAUAAAAAAUUUCGCUCUAUUUUAUUUGGUUGAUAAGUGUAACCAAAUGUCACUGGUUGUUUGGUUCAAAAAAUUUUCUGAUUAAAAAAUAAAAUCGGUAAUGUAUUGUUUUUUUUCUUAACGUGGUAAUAAUUGUCAUUUAGA